CGCCCCCCGCCGCCGCCGCCCUCCUCCCCGCGGCUCCCGCCCGGUUACCGAUGUCUAUGGCGAAGCGCUUGGCGUUCUCCAGCUUAUUUGUCCGUCCCCAAGAGCUAGACGUUAACAGAAUCACCAGAAAAUCAGAGGGAAAACUGAGCAAACUACAAGCAUCGUGCGCCAUCAACGCCAGCUGGAGACAGGGCUGAUAACGAGGCCACAGCGUCACGAGGCUCGUGCUUCACGUCCCACACUGUUGGUGACACAAGCUCCAUGUGCCGCGUCUGUGCCGGAGCCGGCCGCCCCCGGCACCUCCCAUGGCAGCGCCGGCGCUCCGUCCGUCCGACUCAGUGCGUGGUCUUCGGCAAGCCGCCCCGCCUCGCGACGGCCGCGCGCCGCCGUACGCGCGCCGCAUGGGGCCGCGGGCCGCGGGGGGCCUGCUGAGGGGCUGCCGAGCCCCCCGCCUCCGGGACCCUGCCCGGCGGACCAUGUGCCUGGUGUUUGCGGCCGUGCUGGUCACGCAGCUGGAUGGCGUGGGUGCCUUGGACUGUGGGCCGGGCGAAUACCCCGUAGGCGCCGAGUGCUGCCCAAUGUGUGCCGCUGGACUCCGGGUUUUCAAGCACUGCACUGCAAAUUCCAGCACGACAUGCGUACCUUGUGCUGAGGAUACCUACACAGAUAAACCCAAUGGUUCAGAACGCUGCAGGAAAUGCAAACGGUGUGAUAAAGGAGCCAACCUAGUGCCAGAAGUAGCAUGUACCUAUACGAAGAACACUGUGUGUGGCUGCCUGCCUGGGUAUUUCUGCAGGUAUUUUGGGGCUGAAGACUGUGAACUUUGUCAGCGCUACACUGUCUGCUUUCCUGGAACUAUGGUGAAAGAAAGGGGCACAAAGACCACUGAUAAUGUGUGUGAAGCUUGUCCUCCUGGAACCUCCUCAACAGCCAACAUGUCCUACAGUUGUGCGCCGUGGCCCAGCUUUAAGGAGAACACCCUGGCAGAAGGAGAGGACAGGAAUCCUUCCUCAGCUUCCUCUGUUACAGCAGUGGCCGGUUUUGCUGUUGGAGCCGUGCUGGUUGUUGCAGCUGGCCUCGCGUACAUCUGGCAAAGGAGGAAGCGGAAGGACUAUGUGCGAGCGGUGCAGAAAUCAGGGACGUUGGAGUCUGAUCCGUCACCAGGUGGCAGCAUGGGAGAAGGAAAGAUUUCCUCUCUCGUUCUGGAAAACAUCAGUGUCUCUCUUCUUUUCCGAAGUGAAGGAAGAGAUGGGCUCCCCAGGUGACUCUGUUCCUUUGAAAACAACUGAACAGUCAUCGCAACUGCUGAAGAAAGUAUGAAACCACAGGUAGGAGCAGGUGUUGCUUGUAGCUGGAGUUGCUGUCCUGAUUUGAAAUGGAGAAAGCAGUUGUAGCUUGAGCUUCACCUGACUGUGGGAUAAACGAUAAUCAGUGUCUCAGGAGCACAGCAGAUGGUCCCUCUACUACCAACGCUGGCUCUCAAACAGAACGCUUGUAAAGCCGUGUUGGUGUUCACAAACGGAGCGCGUAGCUGCUGCCACCAGCAGCGUGCAGCCUGUCGGUGGGAUGCCAGAGAGUCCGGCAGAAUGGCUGGACAGUAGGACGAUGGAUUGUACCAUGCGAUACUAACAAGCUGUGCUGGAAAACUUUACUGGACAGACUGAAGGUUUUAGAAGCUCCAUCUGGUCAGGACCUGGGUCUUCCUGGAAAGGUGUUAUCAUGUCUGCUCUGACCUUCGAAUUGGCAGUUGUGUUAAACUUUGAUGGAAGGCAAGCUUAGAGGAGGCACAGGUGUCAGAUGGAAGCCUAAUGCCACAUGGUGAGCCAAGUGCAUGGUAACAGACCCUGCUCAACAAGCCACGAUUUUAAUUUGAAAGUCCUCUGCGUUCCUCUCUCUGUCGAUGUUCACUCACUGGUAGGUUAACGUCAGCAAAACUCUGCUGCUGCCCCUGUCCCCAACUUGAAUUGUUUCUCGCCUGUGGUAGCACAUCUCCUUUUUGUCCAUGACCCUUGUGCAUAUGAUUACGGAGGAGUGACGCCGUGGUCGAUAGCGAGUGUCAUUGCCCAGUUGUUUUGAGCCUAUCUCUUAUUUCUCUUCUUGUUUCAUCAAGGCCAUUGGUAGCUGGCGUGAUGUAGGGGGCUGUAACUGGUCAGGGGAGGUGUGAAGGCAGUAGGGGUGAAAUAGAAGGACGUGUGGGACUGUAAAGGGAGGUUGUAGCUUAUGCACUUGGGUUGUGCUGGCACAGGCACAAAGCGACAGAUGGAAAGAGUCUUCUGCAGGUGGGAGGUGCAAUAAACUUACAUGAAAAAAUAAAGUAACUUCCAUGUGCUGUAAUAACUUGGAAUAAAACCUCCCAGGCACACUUUAAUUAUCCCUUUAGCAGUUACAUGUGCCAGAACUUCUAAUGGCACAUCUCCAGAGCUUAAUGAUUUCGCAGAGUAAUUAAAUUGUCAGCCAUGUGAGCCUCCUCCACCUGACCUCUGCACAGUUGUGUGCUGUUCCCUUGCUUGGCGUACGGAUACUGUUGUCGCUUUCCCGAGUGCCCUCACGGUAGGCAGUGACUGCCUAGCAAUCUCCUAUCAGAUGGUUCUGCAGUCCUUCUGCUAAGACUUGAACAAAUAUACAAGAAUGCAAUUCUCCAGGCCACAGCUGUCCUAUGAAUAUGGUGAUAAAGAACAAUAACUUGUACUUUUAGAGAAGGAUUACACGCAAAUCUGUUACCUGUUACCUGUAGAGUACACACUAAAUUAAUAUUGCUCUAAUAUUUGUAGUAUACUUGUAGCUGUUAUAGUUCAAUUAAAACAGUUAAUAGCACUGUAUUACCGGUCACAACUUUGACUCUUCUUCCCUAAUCUCAUGCGUUCGUUCCUGUGGCUGCCUUGUGACCUGACUCAUGAGCAAGGGACCUUUCCAGCAUGCCAGGCACACGCUGGGCUGUACACCCUG